AUGUGUAUUGGUGACGGCAGUUUUGUUUCGGGAAACAAAGGGAGCGAUCUCACUAGAUAUCAGCGAGGUGUCAUCCAGGAAUCACUGGAGCACAUUGGCUGGCGUCAAGCAAUGAAAUACGUACCGGGCCUGGUGGCUGUUAACCUCGUAGUUCACGGCAACGUCCAGUUCCCUGCUGCUAGGGCAGAUAUGCCUCAAGCGGCACUCUUGCUGGUCCUUGAGGAGCAGCAUCAUGAAUCUGUGACAUUUGGUAGCGAGAAGAGCAUGAUACCGCACGAGAUAGCCCGUAGGAGGGUGCCACAAGGCUGGCAAAAGAAGAGCGAGGCAUUGCGUCGCACCUCUACAACGCCCUCGGGAUCGUGCUCCGGUGAUAGCGAGAUGCCGGAUAGAGUCCAGCUGUUAACUCUCUACAGCAAAUCGGAUUUAGUCCGGGCUGCUGGCUUUAUUGAGUUGCUGAGUGGCUUGUUUGGCAGUGGAUUGGUUGAAGGUACGAAUACCUUCGAUCCUACAAUCGCACCUGCGGUUGCGGGAGUAAUAGCAUCUCAUCAGAACAUGGUUCGAAUCGACUUUGAAGAACCUCCUGCGUUUCGAUAUCGCUGA